UGGUGGCGGCAGAGAAAUUAGUGAGCCAGAGAGAGAGAGGAGGAGGAGGAGGAGCAGGAGGAAGGACUGGGCCGACUGACCGACUGACUGGGCUGGAUCAUCCGAAGAUAGAAUAUUUAACAUUACAAGCACAAUAAAAUACGUUGCUGCUUUGCCAUUGUAGAACAGACGACGAAAAAACGCGCAACGACCGUGCAGUCGCGAUGCUGUGUUGCAUGAAACGAAACAAGCAGGCGGAGCCGGAAGACGGCGGCUCCAAGCCGGAGGAGGAGCAGACAGUGGCCAACGAUGUCGCGGCGGCCAUCUCCAACAAAGAGGUGAACUGCUCGGAGAAACCCGCGGUGGAGCGGCAGGGCGACGAGGAGGAGGAGGGCGACGAGGGGGAGACGACGACAGGAGAAGACGAGGAGAAGAAGAAGAAGGAAGAGGAGGAGGAGGAGCAGGUGGCGUCCGUCGAGAAUGGGGUGGGCGACGGCGAGGAUGAAGGCCACGCCGAGCCGGCGACGGCGCAGCGCGGGGGAGAGGCGCCGACGGGCGACGCGGGGACGCCGGGCGGGAAACACGGCGGCGGCGGCGGCGACGGAGAAACCGACGGAGACGGAGAAACGGCGUCCGAGGCGACGGAGAAACCAAGCGGUGGCGGUGGCAGCGGUGGGCAGGAGGCGGUGACGGAAACGAGGGGGGCGGGGUCCGGGGCGGCGUCGGAGGCGGAGCCGCGUGAUGAGCCGGCCAAUGGGGAGGCGGCGGUGGCCGAGGAGGCGGAGGCGUCCCCCUUAGGCGGGAAGGAAGCGAGCACCGAGGGGGAGGAAGGUGGCGCGGCGACCAAUCAGGAGGAGGCGAAGGCGGGGGGGGAGGAGUCUUCCGCCAAAGCGAAGCAAGGCAAUGAUCACGUGGGGAUCACUGCGGAGGAUUCUGGGAAAGGCGAAGUGAAGUCCGCACAAGGAGCCGCGUCAGCCAACGGGGAGUCACGUGUCGUCGAGGCGGUGUGAAGAGACCGGUGCCCGUGCGGGGUUGGAGGGAGGGGAUGGGGGGGGGGA